GGGGCUGGAGGCAAAAGGGAGGGCUUAAAGGCACAGGGCCCUGUUAUCCCUUUAAAAUCUGGUCAGAGCUCUGCCCUGCCCUACCCCACUCUGUCCCACUCGUAAUUUCAGAUGGGUGGUGGGCUUAGGCGCGGACCGCCACAACCACCCUGCAAUAAACUCAGCCUCUUCUUUCUGCUUCCUGGUCUGUGACUGAAAUGGGAAGAGAUACCUCCCAAGCCCAAGCGUAAACAUCCUCCCAGGUGUCUCUCCUCUCUUCUCAAGCAGCUCGACAAUGGUUGCUGACCAAGGCUGACGGUGCCCCCUCCCCCGUCUCUCUGAAAGUCUUCCCUAACAUCCCUUCACCCUACUCUCCAGAAGAAUCUGAAGCCCCACACACUCCCUGGCGCCAGCACCCUUAGGCCCCUCCCACAGCAGCAAUAUCUGGGCCUUGGGGGACACCCCAUGAAUUGGAACCCUUGGCUCUGCUGACGCCAUUCCCCUACUACCAGCUUCAAUUUCCCUCCCAUCCUUGCCCGGCCGAGGCCCUGUCAGGAGCUCCCUGCCCUGGCAUCAAUCCCCUCUUCUGGCAUACCAGGGCAAUCUCAGAACUUGUCCCCCUCCUGGAAGACUCCCACUGUCUGGGGGAGCAGUCCUCUACGGGCCAUGCUCCAGACACAGGGGCAGACAGGAAUCCUCAGGCCCUAACAUGUGGGAGUUUCAGAGGAAGGGGUGACUUCCACCUCCACCUUAGUUACCCUGAGCCUCUGCAGCUGACUAAGCCAACAAGAUCCAGCCAGGGCAUCCCCACUUCUGGCCUGAAAGCCGGCUCCCCAUCCUGAAAAACCUGUCUGGGGGUCUGCCCUGAGGCUGUAAGACCCAAAGGGCAGGUUGGACAGGAUUCCCCUCCAGCCACUCCCACCCCAAGACAAAAUCAGCCACCCCAGGGGCCCGGCCUCACUUGCCUCCGGAAGCCAGGAAGCCACAGCCAGUUCUAGCUCCUAGCCCAGCUAUGGCCUCCCUGCUGCCAGUCCGGACCUUGCCCUUGAUCCUGAUCCUGCUGACUGUCCUGGCCCUGGGUGCUGCAGACUUCAACAUCUCAAGCGUCUCUGGUCUGCUGUCGCCGGCGCUAACGGAGAGCCUGCUAGUUGCCUUGCCCCCCUGCCACCUCACAGGGGGCAACGCCACACUGAUGGUCCGGAGAGCCAAUGACAGCAAAGUGGUGAAAUCUAGCUUCGUAGUGCCUUCCUGCCGUGGGCGCAGGGAGCUGGUGAGUGUGGUGGACAGUGGGGCUGGCUUCACAGUCACCCGGCUCAGCGCAUACCAGGUGACAAACCUCGUGCCAGGAACCAAAUACUACAUUUCCUACCUAGUGAGGAAGGGGUCGUCCACCGAGUCCAGUAGAGAGAUCCCAAUGUCCACGCUGCCUCGAAGGCAGGCGGAAUCCAUUGGGCUGGGAAUGGCCCGGACAGGGGGCAUGGUGGUCAUCACAGUGCUGCUCUCGGUCGCCAUGUUCCUGCUGGUUCUGGGCCUCAUCAUCGCCCUGGCCCUGGGCGCCCGAAAGUGAGGAGGCCAGCGCCAGGCAGCAGGCCUUCAGGAAGCCCAGGACACGGUGCAUUUCCCCAGCCCACGGCUUUGCCCUCUGUGCCCGCUUCCUCUCCUGAGAAGAGGCCUGCUCUCAGGCCUCAACCAUGGGGUUUUGGCUUCUUGGGUGCCUUCACCUCUCCUCCCCGCCCCUCUCUCACUGGAGCCUCACCUCCCAGCACUCCCUAUAAUCCCCUCAGCCCACUCCUGUCAGAAUCAGAAUCAAUGCUCCUCCCACAUCACCUCCUUAAUUACCACCCGACCCCCUGCCAAGAAUUCACCCUUCCCUCAGGGCCAGAAGUCCCCUCAAUAAAGUGUGAUGCCACA